AUGACUAAGUUCGCCUUCUUUGCUGCUCUUCUUCUCGUCAUCGGAGGGAUUAACGCGGUGGAUAUCAACGCGGAUGAGCUUCCUCCCUUUGCUUUAGCUGACGAAAGAGAUCAGUUCAACUCUACUCUUGCUGACGGAAGUGGCCAAGUCAACACCACCCUGGAGGAGCGCUGCUGCCUUGACAUGAUGUAA